AUGCUUCGGAACUCUGCUACAGUAAAACAUACAAUAUUACCAAGACCAUGUUUGAAAGAUUUGAAUCCAGGAAAACGUGGAAUUUCUGCCAAACAUUUGUUGAAUUCAUUGAUACCUUCUUCGACAAGUAGUUCAACGACUACUACACAUCAGAAAGCCACCACUGAUAGUACUGCUAGUAGUAGCCUAGCAACAGAUCAACAAAAACAACAAAAUUCACAUCCUCACAAUCAUACAACAGAACAAAAAAAACAGCAAACUGAUUAUAACAAUGAUCCAGAACAGAUUCAACAAGAGCAACAAAAAGGAUUUAAAGGUCAAGCUAAAAAAGACAUGCAGAAAGUUGAAGGUUAUGUAGCUGAAAGAGAGGGUGAAGGAAUCGACGAAGAAAAGUUAGGAAAU